UGGCGUCUCGAGCCCGGAAGCGGACGGGGGCGGCGGCGGAGGUGGCUGUGGCGGAGGUCCCUGGGACUAGCCGGGGUUGCGGCUCAGUCCUUUACUCGUGGCUGGUCGGGAGCGCGGCCCGGCAGCCAUGCAGCCCCCGCCCCCGGGCCCGCUGGGUGACUGCCUGCGGGACUGGGAGGAGCUGCAGCUGGACUUCCAGAGCAUCCAGGAGAACCACCGGUUGUACCGCCUGAAGUUGGAGGAGCUGACCAAGCUGCAGAACACUUGUACCAGCUCCAUCACUCGGCAAAAGAAGCGGCUCCAGGAGCUGGCUCUUGUUCUGAAGAAAUGCAAACCUUCCCUCCCAGUGGAGGCAGAGGAGGCCUCGCAGGAGCUGGAGAACCAGAUCAAGGAACGCCAAGGCCUCUUCUUUGACAUGGAGGCCUAUUUGCCCAAGAAGAAUGGGUUGUACCUGAGCCUAGUUCUGGGCAACGUCAAUGUGACACUCCUGAGCAAGCAGGCUAAGUUUGCCUACAAAGACGAGUACGAGAAGUUCAAGCUCUACCUCACCAUCAUCCUCAUUCUCAUCUCCUUUACUUGCCGCUUCCUGCUCAACUCCAGGGUGACAGAUGCUACCUUCAACUUCCUGCUGGUCUGGUAUUACUGCACCCUGACCAUCCGAGAGAGCAUCCUUAUCAACAACGGCUCCCGGAUCAAAGGCUGGUGGGUUUUCCAUCAUUACGUAUCCACGUUCCUGUCCGGAGUCAUGCUGACGUGGCCUGAUGGCCUCAUGUACCAGAAGUUCCGGAACCAAUUCCUGUCCUUCUCCAUGUACCAGAGCUUUGUGCAGUUCCUGCAGUAUUACUACCAGAGCGGCUGCCUGUAUCGCCUGCGGGCCUUGGGGGAGAGGCACACCAUGGACCUCACUGUGGAGGGUUUCCAGUCCUGGAUGUGGCGAGGACUCACCUUCCUGCUGCCCUUUCUGUUCUUUGGACAUUUCUGGCAGCUUUUCAAUGCACUAACAUUGUUCAACCUGGCCCGGGACCCUGAAUGCAAGGAAUGGCAGGUGCUCAUGUGUGGCUUCCCCUUCCUCCUCCUCUUCCUCGGCAAUUUCUUCACCACCCUGCGGGUUGUGCACCAGAAAUUCCACAGUCAGAGGCACGGGAACAAGAAUGAAUGAGGCUGGGCCUGUCUGUGCCAGCCAGCACGACUCCCUACAGCACCCCCAUCCUGGAAGGGGCUUUUGUACCCCACAUGUUGUUUGAGGGGGUGGAGGCUUGCCUUUUGAUGGGAGGGUCUCUUUUGCUCUCCCUGGGUUUUUGGGCUCCGUGGGCCCUAAAGGCUAUGCUGGAGAGGAAGAGCUGGGCCUCUUUCCCCACUCUGGGGAGCUGGGGGCCAGUGGCCUCAAUAAAGGAGGAGGCACAGA